GAUGGUUAUGAAUAAUCAUUAUUUUAAAACAAAACUCGCAUUGGCUGAUCUUUAUGAUAGUAAAAAAGAAUAUCAUAAAGCAUGGGAUAUUUUUGAAGACCUUUAUAAUAAAGGAUAUGGUGAGUAUAAACCAACAGGAGAGAAGAAUCUCCUAACAACCUAUAUGGCAAAAUAUCUUAUAAAUGGACUUCAUGCCAAAAUAGACAUAAAACGUGCUUACAAAAUAUGCAAUAAGGAGGAAAAUAUCAAUAUACUACGACUUAUAAAUACAGAAAAACUCUAUGAUAAAAAAAAAUAUGAGGAAGCCUGGACUAUUUUUUCAGAAAUUGAUACUUGUAAAUACAGAUCAAAUUAUUAUUCAAGCAAAUCAGAAAAUAAAGCUAAAUUUACUGCCAAAUUUUGA